AUGGCAUCUACACAGAAGGUAUACACAGCUCCUACAGCAACAUCAGUGGAGAUAGAAGGAAGCGCCUUGUUAAGUGUUGUGAAACACUCAUCAAGUAACUACCCUUCGUUAUUCUCUGGUACUUUAUUAGGAUUCAGAAGCGAUGAGGGUACCAUUGACAUUACUCACGCAUAUCCAUAUCCUUAUCCAGACCAAUACGAAGGUGGUCUGUUCAAGUCUAAAAGUGGCGCAAAGUAUCAACAAGAGAUCCAAGAAACCUUGAAAGGAUUAGGAUAUGGAGUUGAAUUCCAAGGUUGGUUCCAAAGUACUUUUGGUGGUAACUUUGUUACUACACAACUUGUUGAUUCUUUGGCUCAACAGCAAUUAAGUAACGCCAAUGCAUUUGUUUUGAUUCUUGAUAUGGUUUCAAUAAACAAAGAGUUGGAUGUUAAGGCCCUUAGAUUAACUGAAAGUUUCAUUAAAACUUAUAUCGAUGGUAAAUGGAAGACUAAAGAAUUGGCUACAAAUGAAUUAACUUAUCAAAACAUUUUCGAAGAGAUUCCAGUGAUAAUCCGUAAUCUGAAGUUAGUCAACUUAUUUUUAAGUUCUCAAGGCCCAUCAUUGGAUGACUCCUAUGAUAUUUUGAACAUGUCAUCCAAUCAAAACGUCAAUACUCAAUUGUUGGAAUCAUUGUAUAGCCAAGUUGAUGCUUUGAAUUAUGAUCAGAGUAUCUUCAACUAUUACCAAAGACAACUUCAAAAGGAAAUGGGCCGUGUUCAACAAUGGAAGAACCAAAGAAGAUUGGAUAACUUGGAAAGAGCAAAGAACGGAGAAAAGGAAUUGGAUCCAGAAGAAUGGAAAUCUCUCUUCAGAUUACCAAAUGAACCUUCAAGAUACAAUAGCACUUUACAUUCUUAUGCUAUUGAUGUUUUGGCUGAUGACAUUUUAAAGAAGUGCGACCAUGAGUUAACCAAUGCCUUUGCUAUUGAGAGAAACUUGGUCCAAAACUAG